CACAAGAUGGGGUUCACCGUAAAGGACAUGAGCUUUAAGGCCGGGAUGGAGAUGAAGGUCUCUGGAAAGAUUAAACCAGACUGUGACGCGUUCUCCAUCAACCUCGGUCACGACUCAGACACGAUCGCUCUUCACUUCAGCCCUCGCUUUAACAGCAACGUCAUCGUGUGCAACUCCAAGCAGGGCGACUGGGGCGCCGAACAUCGCGAACCCUGCUUCCCCUUUCAACAGGGCGAAGAGUUCAAGCUGAGCAUCACCUUCAACAACGACACCUUCUACAUCAAGCUCCCGGGGGGCACCAUGAUGAGCUUCCCCAACCGCUUCGGCGACGACGUCUUCAAACACAUCCACGUGAUGGGAGACGUGAAGAUCACCAGCAUUAAGGUCAAGUGAGCAGGAAGUGACGUCCUCCUGUGGUUCCUCAUGUGUCAGACCUCACUCCACUGAAUGUACCAAAUAAAUCCACUGACAGAAUGUGACUCGCUG